GAACCGAACUUCCCAUCACUACAGUCCAGCCAAGACUCCGUCCCGCACUAGACCCUGUCUCCCGUCAAACAACGUCACUUCCUGGAAAUGCGUGAGAACAAUGGCGUCUUCCAGUCAAAACGGUACUCUGGGAGAUGCACAGACAGAACGACGGCUGGAACUCGAUCCCGACAAUGAUCCGUCAGUGGAAGAUCUCGGGCCAGUGGUCAAAAGAGACCCGGUUAUCAAGCUUUUGUCCACGGUCACUGGUCUAGAGCCGCUGUCAUGGUCAGAAGAUCACCGACUCUCCGCCUCCACCGCCUCUGGGAUAGCCUUGAUGGAGGUUGUUUGCGAUGUUCACAGUAAAAAUCAGGACUUGGUGCUUCACCGAACACACAUUCCACUACCGGACAAAGUGUGCGAGUUGAAGGUGGGGCCCGAGGCAGAGCUAGAGAAGGCCAGAGAGAAGUUCUCCUUCUCCCCCGAUCCCUCCAUAACCCAGCCCUUCAUGCUGGACCGGAUCAUCAACCCCAGCUGUGGGCCCCCCAAGGGCAUCCUGUACUGCAGCUGGUCCCCGCUGGGCUGCGACGCUAACGGACGCUGCCUCCUCGCCCGCCUCUCCCUGGACCGCAGGCUGACCAUCCACAGCAGCCAGAAGCGCCUGCAGUGGUCCACGCUGGUCGACCUCACCCAGAUAUACGGGGAGAGCCUGGAGGGGCGGGGCUACUCCCUGCAGGAGGGGGAGCCCCCCUGCGGAGCCGGUCUGGCAGACCUGGAGGAGCUGCAGAGGCGGUUCCGCAUGCAGACGGCGGUGCGGGCGGAGUGGUCGAGCGUGUGCACCACCCAGCACGUCCAGACCAACAACGAGUGCAAGGACGUGGAGACAGUGCUGCUGGCCGUGCUGAUGGAGAACGGGGACCUGGUGGUGUGGCAGUUCCGCCUGCCCUUCCUGGGAAAGGACUCAGUGUUGUCCUGCAACACGCUGCGCUCCGGGGUGAGCUCCCCCAGCGUGCUGGCCUGGUGGGAGUACGAGCACAGCGGGCGGAAGAUGAGCGGGCUGAUCGUGGGCAGCGCCGUCGGCCCCGUCAAGAUCCUGCCCGUCAACCUGAAGGCGGUGAAGGGCUACUUCACCCUGCGGCAGCCGGUGGUCCUCUGGCACGACACGGACCAGAUCCCCGUCCACAACAUCAAGUGCGUGGCUCUCCUUCACCCCGUGCAGAAGUGUAACUGCAGCCUGGUGGUGGCUGCCAGGGGCUGCUACGUCUUCUGGUGCCUGCUGGUCAUCUCCAAAUCAGGCCUCAGCGUCCAGAACUCCCACGUCACCGGGCUCCACUCCCUCCCCAUCAUCGCCAUGACGGCGGCCCGGCAAGGAGGGUCCGUCUACACCUGCUCGCUGGACGGAGCCGUCAAGAAGCUCACGCCCGUCUUCAGCGAGCAGAGCCUGUCCUUCCACCAGGAGGACGUCCGUCUCCCGGAGGGACUGCGAGGGAGGAGGCUGUACGGGGCGUCAGUCAGCCCCAACGGGGCCUACCUGGCCCUGGUGAGCUCCGAGGGCCUGGUCCACGGCCUGCACCCCGUCACCCGGCCCUGCCAGGUGAACUUCCUCACCCUGAAGAGGCCGGAGGACGCGGGGGUGGAGCUGCUGGAGGCGACGCCGCCCAGCCUCUUCAGGCAGGCCGACCUGCUGGACCUGGUGAGGUGGCGCGUGCUGAGGGAGCGGCGGAUCCCUCCGCACCUGCAGGCGGAGCUGGACCGGAAGCUGGACGCCACCGGCUCCGCCUACCUGUGGCGGCUCAAGCUCUUCCUGGUGCGGGUGCUCUACCAGUCGCUGAGGGCGGCGCCGGCUGAGGCGCGGUGGAGACCCACGCACGAGGACACCAAGGUGUUCGUGGGGGACGAGGAGGAGGAAGGGGACGAGGGAGAGGGAGGUGAGGAAAGAGGAGGAGGAGGUGGUGAGAGAGGAGGAGGAGGAGGAGGAAGAGAGAGAGGAGGAGGGGUGUUGAACCUGCUGUCCCGGGAGCCCCAAGUGUCGGAGGAGAAGAUCAGCGAGGUGCUAGCGUGGAUGGCGUCUGUGGAGGCUCACCUGACCAGGGAGCACAUGAAGAGAGUCCUGGGAGAGGUGUACCUCCACACCUGGAUCACUGAGAACACCUCCAUCCCAACCAUGGGUGUGUGUGACUUCCUGUCCAAAGACCCCAGCUACGACGACAGGGCUGCCAAGGUGUUGAUAGGUCACAUCCAGAAGAAGAUGAACAAGCAGACGUUUCCAGAGUACUGCAGCCUGUGUAAGGAAGUCCUGCCCUUCAAGGAAAGCAAACAAGCUGUGUGCAUCAACGGCCACGUGUGGUUCAGGUGUGUGUUGUCGUACCAGACCUGCCAGACCUUCUCCUACAGACGCUGCCUGCUCCAGGACAGCAUAGCCAGGAUGCCCGUGCCCGAGGACCCAGACUGGAUCAAGAGGAUACUGCAGGGCCCCUGUACCUUCUGUGACUCUCCCCUCUUCUAGAACACUCAUCUAGAACCGGAGAACCCUUUCCUCAUCUAGAACCGGAGAACACUCUCCUCAUCUAGAACUGGAGUACAGGCUUCUGUUGGACAAAGACUGGCUGUAUUUCCGUUUGGACUGGAUGGACAAUUGACCACAGACACCACAAUCCCCUCCAUUUUUACGUUCCUAAGAAUCUACUAGAUUUAUAUCUGUGUAUAUUUAAUGUACAAAAAAAUAACGUGAACUUUUAUUUCUAAGAAAAAACACAAUAAAGUCUUUG